AUCGCCAUUGAAGAAGACUUCAUCCCAUCCUCCACUAGUAGAAAUAUACUCUAGGCAGGUAUCUCUAACUAUCUGUCCAAGGACUGUUCCAGAAGUAGAAGGACUACUUCUGAUAUUCAAUGUCGUUCCAGUACUACAGACGCAGUCUCUGCAGAAUGCGACAUUAAUAAGGGUAGAAAGGAGAAUGAUAUACUUUAGCAUCUUAUUCAACUUUGAAUAUUUCCUAUGUUAUUAUUAUCAAUCAAUGGACAGAAAGCGGUUUCUAAUGCUAAUAUAAAUACUAAUACAUUUAUUAAACCGGAAGCCAAACUGUGGAAUAAAUGCGAAUAUACGAAAAAGAGUUUUGUACCUGACCCAAAAUUUCCACCUUUUAAAAGUUUCAAAGUUGGUGGAGAAUGGCCUUUACAUCGCCUAACAGAAAAUAAUUGUAUGGAAAAAUGCGAUCAAAGACAAGAUUGUUUCUCAUACAUUUAUAAAGUAUUAAAAGAGACAACUGCGUGCUUUUUAUUUAAUAAAAAAUUCCAAAGGAACUCUUUAAAUGGGAAGAAUAUGCUUAAUCACGAAUCAGGAGUAAAUUACAACGUCAUAUAUAAAGAAAAGGAAUCGUGUGAUAAAUGCUAUUACGAGAGGCAUAGAUUCGUCUCGAUUCCUAGUGAAAAAGAUGCUAAUAUUGUCGCCAUACUUACUUCUAAUUCUACGGAAAACUAUGGAAAAUUUCAGGAUAGAUGCUUUCAAACUUGCGAUAAUACUGUACCUUGUUUUAGCUUAGUUUUAAUAGAAAAACAGCAAAUGUGCGUUCUAUAUAACAGACAAAUAACGAAAGGUGAUUUUAAAAUUACGGAAUUUAUUGAUAAGAAUGACAACAAUUGCGGUAUUCUAUGGCUUAAAAAGAACUGCAAUCCUCCAGAGAUGAGGAUACCUGUAAAAGUCUUUUUUUCAUCCGGAUGCCUUGGAGUUUGCUCCAAAUACCAAAUGAAAGAGCAAGAUUUAGACAUUACAGCUCUUAAAGAUAACAAUCCUAAAACUUUUCUUGAGAUUAAUGGAAGUAAUUUAUUAAAUUGUUUUACGCUUAAUCUUAGCUUUCAAGACGUUGAACGUAAAAUAACUGUAAUUGUAACACCUUGUACGAGAAGCGAACAUUAUGUUAUUAUGGAUUUUGGGCAUGGAGAUACCGUAUUUAAGUCUUGUAAACCAAUGGGAUCAAGCGCAAAACAAGGAGAAAAAGCAUGCGUCUAUUCUUGCGAAGUGGAAAAGAGUACACCGGAAAUGAAAAUAAGAGUCUUUGAUCCAAAUAAUAAAGACUUUCAACUAUCCGGAAUAGAAGUAAUUAAAGACAGUCAAGCUACUCAAUUGUUACCGGGAGGAACAUCAAUGAGAAAAGCUUGAUAGUAUAUCACCUUAGCAUGUCAUUAAUACACCUUAUAGAAUUUCUCAGAAAUAUAUCAUUGACGUUCUUUAAGUAUUGCAACUUAUUUUUUCUUAUAUGCUUUAAUUAUUCUCAAUUUAGGACAAGCUUUACUUUAUAUAGCAAUAUAAAUAUAGUUUAUUGUUACACAAUAUACAGCUAAUUCACUUUAGAUGGUACUUCUCAAUAACACAACAUUUCAUGUAACAGACACAGGCUAAUAUAUCAAAUGUACGAGAAGGGGAAGGGAAUAAAAGCAAAGCUAUAUUUAAUAAAAAAUGACAUAUAAGUAACCUUUUAAAAUGCAUAUAAAAGUGUUUAACUUAAGGUAGAGCAUGUAAAGAGACAGAGAAAAGUAGACAGACAGGCAGACAUACAGACAGAUAGAGAGAAAAGUAGAGGGAUGCACAUUAAUCGUUGUUAAAUAACAAAAAAGAGUGAAAAAGAAAAAGGAAACAUGUUAUUUCUAUUAAUCACAUGAAUGUGUAGUCUUUCCAUGUUUGAACUUCUUACAAUAUCUCCUUCUUUAAUUUUUUUUCUGUUACAAAAAAAAAACAGAGAGAAAGAUAGAUCAUAGAUAAAUAGGAAGGCUGAUGAUACAUGGAUAGAGAAAAAGACGGGGAGUCUGUAAACGUUUUAAAAACUCUUUCUGAUUUUCUCUCUUUGUUAUAGAUCUUAUAUAAACUGAACGUAGAUAAAAAAUAUCAAAAAGAAAAACACAGAGAAAUUACAUUUUUGAUUUGAUCUUUCCAUCAAAAUAAUUCAAGGAUUAAAUGUCUUCCAGGCACUAAAUUUCUCUUUUUUUCUUAAAGCAACCAGAAAAAGUGUCUCGAGAACAAAAAUAAUCUUUAAGUAUAGUCUUUGUAAUUUUAUUAUGAUAACUAUUGGAUUAUGUAAAACAUAUCCAUAUACAGUAGAAUGUUGCAGUAUUUCAUUUAACAGUUGGUCUCGUAUGUAAAAUAUUACUUACAUCGUUUGUACGAUAAUAGACAGGUUCUUUUCUUGUAUUGCAUUAAUUACCUUUCCUCCUGCUGUGGUCUAUUCCGCUGUACUUGUACUUACUCUAUUUGAACUUGUGGUAAAAACAAAUCGUAUAUCAUUUUCGUCAAUGAACCACAGGGCAUAUAGUUUCGGUGCAAACAGACAGAAAAGCGUAAUCAAAGAAUUUAAUAAACAUGUGGCCGCUAAUAUCAACGAUUGAUAUUUUGUUAUUUCGGUUGUAAAAUACACUGGAAGUAGAACUAACCAAACGAAAAAUGUUGUUGAAACUGAUACGAAAAUAUAGGACGCCUCAUUAAAAUUCUCUGGCAGUUUUCUAGUCAGAAAUCCAUAAUAUGAAGAUAUUGCCGCCAACAAAAUAUUGUAGGAUAAACAGGGCAGAAAGCCCUUCAGUGGUAAGUUGCAAUGCAAUUCCACAUAAUCUUCUGUUCGUACUUUUUGUUUCAAAGACGCCUCGUUUCCGGAUAUUAUCGUCGAUAGAACCAUCAAAAUCAUCUGUUUUGUACAAGAGGAGCGGAAUAGCAAUAAGUGUACUCGAUGACUCGAAAUAAAUUCUGUUUAUAUUAAGCUAGUAGAAGAGUGAGAGGGAGAAGGAGAGGGAGGAGAAAAGGAAGAAGGAGAAGAGGGAAGAAAAGGAAAGUAGGAGAAGUAGGAGGAGGAAAGGAAGAAGGAGAAGAGGGAAGAAAAGGAAAGUAGGAGAGAGAGGAGGAGGAAAGGAAGAAGGAGAAGAGGGAA